AUGGACCUUCUAGAGAAAACUAAGGGUAGGGUCGUUGUUAAACCAGCGCUGCACUGGUUGUAUGCUACCCUCUACAAAGGAGCGGCAUUCGGUUAUCCCCAAGCAGCAGCCGAAGAAACUGGCUACGGAAGCGAACUGGAGGCCGCUAUCAAAGGGCUGAAAGGAAUGCACCGUAGGGGCAUCACCAUUCUGCCGCGAGGAGACUGUGGCUGUGCCUGGACCACUCACGGCACAUACGCAAGCGACCUCGCGCACUUUGCCAAGCACCUGGACUUCAUGCCUAUGGAAUACAUUCUCGCUGCGACGGCUGAAGCAGGCAAGCUCUUCAUCCAGGCGAUUACGCAGACUGCAUUCUCGUCAAUGGGAAUCUUCUGGGGAAUAUCUCCAUUUUGCAGGACCACUAGAGGCUGGACAUCGUUGUGGUUAAUGGAAGGGUGCACAAGAGUAGCCAGCUUCAGAUUUAUCGUAAUAUACCGCUUGCUGGAGAGGGUGAAGGGGAGACUCACGUUGUCCCCGAGUUCAUGUUCUUGA